UCCGGAAGCGACCCUUAACGAGGCCGUCCCGCGCCGGAGCGGUUUCCAUGGCGACCGGCGGGCGGGAGACGUCGAAGCGGGGAUGGAGCGAGCGCGUCGGCGGCGCGCGCCUCCGGGAGGUCGGAGCGGAGUGUGCGGCGCCGAAGGAACGACGCUGCGGUCCGGACGGGCGCUGGCGGAGCGCUGCCAUCACGCCGGCACAGCUGGCGGCGCCACGGCCCCGGCUGGGAGCGGGGUGCGGAACGGCGGAGCGCGGAGUUCCCGGAGCGAUGGGUCCGAGGCGCGGCGCGGGGAAGGCGGCAAGGCGGAACGGCGCCCGAACGGCGCCGGAGAGGAGGCGGCGGGGAGAGCCGCGCGGGACGGCGGAGCGAGGAGGAGCUCCGUAGGAAGUAACGGGGAAAGCGCCCGGAGCGAGAGGAGGAGAGCGGCGCGGGGCCGGCGGGAAGUGGAGCGCCGGGCGGGAUGCGCGGAACCGGCCGCGGAUGGGCGGAACGGCCGCCAAGAGCCGCACGCAGCGCCCGCGGCUCCGGGAUCGCGGCGCUCCGAAUCCGACCCCGAAAUGGGGAGCGACGGCUUGCGGCCUGCUGGCGACGAGAGCUUCGCGGCAGCUAAAAUACGGCGAGAAGAAUCUGUCCCACGGACACAAGUGGAUAGGAGGAAAACGAGUCCGUAUUUUUCAAGUAAAUACAGUAAGGAAGCUCCCAGCCCGCCUAGGAGGAAGGCCUUCAGGAAAUGGACUCCUCCACGCUCCCCUUUUAAUUUGGUCCAAGAAACACUUUUCCACGAUCCGUGGAAACUUCUCAUUGCGACCAUAUUUCUCAAUAAGACUUCAGGUAAAAUGGCAAUUCCUGUGCUCUGGGAGUUCCUCAGGAAGUACCCUUCCCCUGAAGUAGCCAGAACUGCAGACUGGAAAGAAAUGUCAGAGCUGCUCAGACCUCUCGGCCUCUAUGCGCUCAGAGCAAAAACAAUAAUCAAGUUUUCAGGUCUGGGGCAGCAUGGUGUCUGCUCAGACCUGGGCCUGCACGGUGAGGGCUGUGUGUGUGUUCCAGACGAGUACCUGCACAAGCAGUGGAAGUACCCCAUUGAGCUGCACGGAAUCGGGAAGUACGGAAAUGACUCCUACAGAAUCUUCUGCGUCAAUGAGUGGAAAGAGGUGCGCGGUGCUGCUGUGCAGCCUCAGGACCACAAGCUGAGCGUCUACCACACAUGGCUCUGGGAAAACUAUGAGAAGCUGAGUGGGGACUGAGUGCAGCCUCAGGUGUGCCCGCAGUGGGCUGCGCAGCAUCAGAGCUGUGCUGAGCAUCACGUUCUUAGUUUAUAUGUUGUGUGACAUCAACUCAGAUAAUCACUGUAAUAAAAUGUUCAAGCGCUUUAAAGGUUUUUAAUAAACGUAUCUAACUUUGUAACAUC